AGGCAAUGUCAAACUAAAUCCAGUUUUGUUCGACAACAUGCAGUUCACCGAAAAAUAAAGAAAUCUACACCGCGAGACAUCAUUUAAAAUUGAAACCUCCGGAGUUGUUAGUAAAAAAAAAAAAAAUUUAAAAGCGACAAUCCACACAGUGGUUCGGCACUAGUUUGUUGGUCUGGAUUAAUCAAACUGACAGGAGAGAGAGAGAGAGAGAGAGAGAGAGAGAGAGAGAGAGAGAGACGUAACACGCCGCCGCAUUCCAAUAGUCGCAGCCGUUAGCUUGGGCUGUUAAAUUCCACUUUUUCCUAACCGAGUUUUGUAUUAAAAAAAAAACAAAACAAAAACAAAACAAUUCUUCUGUUAAAAUUAGUAGUCAGCAACUAGCUCCACGGCAGCGGAGUCCCCCCUUUUUCCUCUUCUGUUGUUUUUCGAUUUCAAAUAUGGCCCAACGCGUUCGGAUUUCUCAACGACCGCCACGUCUGUACACAAAACACCUGCGAGCAAAUCCUUUUUAUUAGCCUUUAGUGGCAGUUGAGAAGAUAUUGCCCCCUGUGUCUAUCUUGUGUUUGCCAUUUAGGUAAAUGCAACCGGCAGAUUCCGCCCAAAAUAAUGUGGCGGCUGAGCGAUAAAAAGCUGUUUCCAGGCUCGUAAUAAGCUCUUGUAUGCGCACGAACGUUGCUAUACAAGUAGUUGAAAACAUGAUAUUUUUUAAAAACGGCCGUUAUUGAAUUUACCGAGCCGUCGAAAUAGCAAAGUGUUUGUGACGAAAGUGCGACUAGCAUCGGAGGUGGGAGAGCCUGGCGGUGUAUUGUGGGAGAGACAGAAGCUACAGACCAGAGGCACACAAUAUGUGUUGGCUCUCGCCGAAAAGGAGGCAGUAUUCUUCAAGCUAAAUCAUGUAAUGUAAGCGGCGAAAAGGAAAGCGAUUUCGUCUUUUCAUCAAUUAAAGGAGAAUCACUCGAUCGGACGAACCAUGUCCAAGCCAGGCGAGAGAAACAGAUUGAACGAGGACCAUGGCAGAAAGCAGAGUUCAAGUUUGGCGAACGGCAUGGACAGUCAUCCCGUCUGCGGCUCGGCGGAGAAGCGGAGUCACCACUGGAGAAGUUACAAGUUGAUCAUCGACCCGGCGCUGAAGAAGGGAUCGCACAAACUGUACCGCUACGAUGGACAGACUUUCAACAUGCCCAAUCCUGGGAUGCCACCAGUGGACAUCGUCCGGGACCCGAGGAUCGGUCGUCUCUGGACUAAGUACAAAGAGACGGACCUGCCGGUACCGAAAUUCAAGAUCGAUGAGUGUUACAUCGGCCCCGUGCCUCCGAAGGAGGUGACAUUCGCCCGGCUCAACGACAACAUCAGGGAAGGAUUUCUUACCGACAUGUGCAAGAAAUUCGGAGACAUCGAGGAGGUGGAGAUCCUGUACAAUCCGAAGAACAAGAAGCACCUGGGGAUUGCCAAAGUUGUUUUCGAGACGGUGAAAGCCGCCAAAGUGGCCGUGCAGUCGCUGCACGACACGUCUGUUAUGGGAAACAUCAUCCACGUGGAGCUGGACCCGAAAGGUGAGAAUCGCCUCAGGUACUUCCAGCUCCUGAUGAAUGGCAGCUACACUCCGAAGACCCUGCCUGUCGGCGGAGAGGAGGCCAGAGAAGUUUCCCCUCGAAGCCUGGCAGAAGCCUUACUGGCCUGCGAGCCAAUCCGCAGGUUGUCGGAGAGCAGCGUGUCUGCUGUUGGAGGAGCAUUACCACCCAGCAGCUCGACCACUCCUCUGUCCCUGGAGACGGGCUACUCCAGCCUAAGGCAGGACACGCCCCAGUCCCAGGGAACCCCUCAUACCCCACGGCAGACUGGUACGCCCUUCUCUCAAGACUCGAAUUUCUCCAGUCGGCAGUCCACGCCUGCUUACCAGUCCGGCCGGCCCGAGAGCUCUGGAAGUUACAAAUCUCGGAGACACGAGAGUAAGUUCCAGGACGCAUACAACCGCAGACCGGAGAGGCCUCAGUACCGCAGCAAUAUGUACCGAGGCACGACGUCCGAGCAAGCUCCCUUCAAACAGCUCACCCCACCUGAACCUCCGCCUUCCACCCCCACUUUCACCUACACAGCGCCUCCUCCUGCAACACCCAACUUCAAGUCCGCCUUCUCACCCUACCAGGCUCCUUUACCCCCUGCGUUCCCACCGUCGGAGCCCGCUUUCCAUCACCCCACCCAAAGGGAGGGUGAGUACCUCCGGCCGCCGCAGCCGCCUGUGGCAGCAGACACUGACUUUUUACCUGUGAAGGAUCGACCGGAAACUCCUCCGAUCCCAGAGCCCCCGCCGGAGCCCUCGCCCCACCCGACAACCCCUCCUCCACAAACGCCAGAGCACUGCCCCUCACCUGGCUCCCCCGCACUGGAUCCGGAGCGCAAUAGCCUGGAUUCUCGCAUUGAGAUGCUCCUGAAGGAGAAAAGGACAAAAUUGCUGCCGUUCCUGGAGGAGCGAGACUCGGACACCGAGGUGCGAAUGGAGGGGAGUCCAAUCUCCUCCUCUUCCUCUCAGCUAUCCCCGAUUCCCCUUUGCACAAGCGGCUCCCAAGGCGGCCAGCAGAACUCCCGUCCCACUAGCACAGGCUUGGAGGACAUCAGUCCAACCCCACUGCCAGACUCAGAAGAUGAAGAGCCGAUUCCUGGAACUGCCUCCAUGCUCAGGAGAAUCAGCUCUCCUGUCCAGGAGAAGAUGAGCAACAGUGACCUCAAGGAUGGACACUUUCGAGGCCACACUCCCACUGAUAAAAUGGACACGGUUAAUCAGUCGUCAGGAGAGGACAUGGAAAUCUCUGACGAUGAGAUGCCAGGUACUCCAAUCACCGGUGGCGAGUGUGGAAAGGGCAUUGUCAUAAACUCUGCAGUGUCCCCGAUGCAGACCAUGACCAUCCCUCCUCCUGGCUUCCCCCCUCUCACGCACCAGGCCGGCUACUCCAUCCCACUUCCUCACCUGGCCCCCCACUCUGCCGUCCCAGGACAUCCUGCUCACCUGCCAGCUCAUCCUGGAGUGCCUCCCCACUUGCUGGCACACAUGGCCCCCUACACUCACAGCAUGGUGCCACUGAUGCAGAUGGAGCUGAUGAACUGCUUGCGGUGGGAACAGUGGAGCACCGUGCCCAUGUCCUUCCAGAUGCAGCAGCAGAUGUUGAGUCGCAUGGCUCAGACGAGGGGGCCCUAUCCUUAUCCACAUUUUAUGGACAGUGCAUCUUUCGCGGGACACUACGCGCCUCUGGCGAUGGGUGCAACACCUGCUGGCAGCGCGGGAGCACCCGGACAACAGUGGCAGCUUCCCAGUAUACCAAAGUUCAACCCUACCGUUCCUCCUCCUGGAUACGAGGGUAAAAAAGAGGAUCCCCACAAGGCCACCGUCGACGGCGUGCUGUUGGUCAUCGUCAAAGAACUGAAGGCCAUCAUGAAGAGGGACCUCAACCGCAAGAUGGUGGAGGUGGUGGCCUUUAGAGCAUUCGACGACUGGUGGGAUAAGAAGGAGCGCUCAGCAAAGGCGUCUUUGACUCCUGUGAAGGGAACAGAGGGGAAGGAAGAAGAGAGGCCCAAACCCAAAGAAACGAUGGGUUCGAGUCUGCUGGAGAACUGGAACAAAGGCGAGGGACUUGGCUACGAGGGGAUGGGCCUGGGAAUCGGUUUGCGAGGAGCCAUCCGCCUGCCCUCCUUCAAGGUGAAAAGGAAGGACCCACCUGAGGCCACAUCAGCAGGGGACAACAAACGAGCCCGGCCUUCAACUCCAGUUGAUGAUGAGCUUGAGGAUGAGGACCGGGAUCGAGACCCAGCUGAGCUCCCUUCGGACGAUUCCAAAAUGGACGCCGAUGGGUCUUUAGCAAAGCGACGGCACUCGCGACCACUUGAACUGGACAGCGAGGGGGAGGAAGAGGUGGACACCUCAGGGAAGGAGGAGGAGUCAUUGUCCGAACAGGAGGAGGAGCCUAAUGAAAUGGAGGCUACGGAUAGGCUGUUGUCGGGCAAAGAAAGUGGCGAUGAGGAGGGUGAUGAUGAAGACUCAUCCAGUGAGAGCGCCUCCUCAGAUUCGUCAGAUGACGAAGCUGAGAGUUCAUCUUCCUCCAAGGACAGCUCUGACUCCUCUGGAGAAAGCGAUGACUCCUCUGAGUACGAGUUAAGCUCGGAAGAGGAGGAAGAUGAGGAGGAAGAGCGGGCGAUGGCAAAGGAUGCGGAGGACGCAGACAAAGAGGCAAGGACCUCGUCGUCCUCCUCAUCCUCUACAAGUUCCACUUCUGAUGAAGAGGAGGAGGAGGCAGAGUCUAAGGCACAAAGCCCUCCUGUGGGACUGGUCUUGGAGGAUAAGGAGGAGCAGAAGAGCAGGGCGGAGCUGAGCAGCAAGUCCAAACGACGACCUCCUAGUCCUGACGAGGACAUGAUGGAAGACGUGAAGCCGCCAUCGCCUAAAGGGAUCCCAGUGAAAGAGUCAGAUGUCAGCAUAGACCGCAACAUUCCUGUAGUGAAGUCUGAACCUCGGGAGCGUGUAGCGAACCUUCGGCCACCCACCCCCACAGGCGCCCUGCCCGACAGCGACCAGGAGACUAAAGCCAAAGGUAAAACAGAGCCUGGGGAAGUACCAUGCACCCCCGGUCGACUACCCCCAUCCCACUUAGAGGCAAACACACCCGUCCCCAAAUCUGCCUCCGCUUCUUUUAUGCACCUCCCUCUCCCUCCUCACCCGGCACUAGACGGCCGCUCCCUCCUCCACCCGCCCCCUGGUCCCCUAUCUGACCUCUCUCAGCGGCCCAGGCUCCCAACAGAUGAGGACAUCCCCCGCACACCUGGCAGGGACCUGAUGGAGCGUGCACGAAGUCUGGGCAAGUCCCAGAGCACGGACACGGUACCCAACACGCCUGGCAGCGACGCCCCGCUGACGGGCAGCAGCCUAUUGCUUAGCUCCCCUCACAUCCCCGGUAGCCCCUUCUCGUACCCUGCACAGUCCCCCGUCCUUAGCGCUGGAGUUCCCCGUACUCCAGGAAGAGACUUAACCUUCACCCCUGUCUUCCCUGACCCCUCAGCUCUGACUCUUAAUAGGAAAAUCUCCUCUGAGAGCCUGGACGAUAGACCAGUUUUUAAAGAGCCUCCCAUCAGCGCCCUUCCUAACCAGACCUUAUCAGCUGGAGCAGAGCAUUCAGCCAAUGUCCCUGAAGAUCUGCCCGCUGGUCUCACUGUAGAUGUCCCUGUGCCAUCAGAUACCGCCCAGUCAAAGAAGAAAGCUGGACGACCCAAAGGCAAAAAGACCCCAGCUGUCUCCACAGCUGAGGAGUCUUUGGAGCUCUCAUCCAAGUCCACCUCUCUGCCUCACGACAACCUAUCUGUGCAGCGGAUAGCCGCCAAGUCUCCUGACCACCGGAGCCUGGACUUCAGGGAAGGAGAGGUGGAGCCUCAGACAGUCUUGCCCGCAGAAGACGGCUUCCUGUCCUACGAGGAAGAGGCACCGGUGACAGUGAAGCCUGCACGGCGGCCGCGGCGUGGCUGGGAGGAGCUGCUGCUGGGCAGCCUGUCUCCAGUCACCUCGCCUCCUCGGCCGUACUUCAACCCACGCACAGAGUUUGAGGAGAUGACCAUUCUAUAUGACAUCUGGAAUGACGGCAUAGACGAGGAGGACGUGAGGCUCCUGCAGAUCACCUAUGACAAGAUGCUCCAGCAGGAUAAUGGCAACGACUGGCUGAAUGACACGCUCUGGGUCAACCAUCCUUCUACCAACAUCCCUGGCGUGAAGAAGAAGAGAAGAGACGACGGCAUGAGGGAUCACAUGACCGGCUGCGCACGAAGCGAGGGAUACUACAAGAUCGACAAGAAGGACAAGAUCAAGUACCUGGAGAGCACAAAGCUGCAGUAUGAGGAGCCUCCGGUCGACACGCAGGGUAUGAGUAUUCCUGCGCAGGUUCACGCCUCCACCAGAGCUGGCUCGGAGCGGCGGUCGGAGCAGCGGCGCUUGCUGUCCUCGUUCGCGUGUGAUAGUGACCUGCUGAAGUUCAACCAGCUGAAGUUCCGUAAGAAAAAGAUCAGAUUCUGCAAGUCACACAUCCAUGACUGGGGUCUGUUCGCUCAGGAGCCCAUCGCCGCUGAUGAAAUGGUGAUAGAGUAUGUGGGACAGAACAUCAGACAGGUGAUUGCGGACAUGCGGGAGAAGCGCUACGAGGAGGAGGGCAUCGGUAGCAGCUACAUGUUCCGCGUUGACCACGACACCAUCAUAGACGCUACCAAGUGUGGCAACUUUGCCCGCUUCAUCAACCACAGCUGCAAUCCUAACUGUUAUGCGAAGGUCAUCACAGUGGAGUCUCAGAAGAAGAUCGUGAUCUACUCCAGACAGCCCAUCAACGUCAACGAGGAGAUCACGUACGACUACAAGUUCCCCAUCGAGGACGAGAAGAUCCCCUGUUUGUGUGGGGCGGAGAACUGUCGGGGAACACUCAAUUAACGUCCAUUUGAGGUCAGUCCUCUUCCAGGGUGUAGAAGUGCUGUCCUCAAACUUCAAGUUUUCCCCCGGACACACACGUGUCAACAUCCUGGACAAGGAAGAAGUGAAGAGGGAAGGCUUUCUUUGUGAGAAGAAGCCUGCGUCCCGAACGGCGCUCUUGACAUUAUUAACUCUAGAUUGUUUACGAUUUAUGGUGCUCUUGAAAUGAAAAACGCGUAGUUUUUUAUGUCUGCCAGUGACCCAGAAUUUACUAAACACUUGACUUGCUCUUGCAGCAUCUCCUCCCCUCCCCUUCUCUCAACGUCAGACAGUAUUUUCAGCAUGGUUUUCCCUCCAUGUCCAGUUCAGUUUUUUUUGUACAGUUUUACACUUCUCAUUAGUCUCAUAAGCUUUACACCACACGUGGUACAAACAAAUCAACACAGACUCACAUGUUCAGCUGCUUACUAAUGCUGUUGAGAUGCACAAGCCCACCAGGAAAACGCCUCCCCUGUGUGUGGGGGGGUGAAGACAUGGUCGGCACCAGAGCAGGUGGCGGACGACGACGUUUCCACCCAGCAGCAGGCAGGAUGGCGGCGGCGGCGUGUCAUCGCCCCGCCACGCACUGCAUCCCUGCUUCUCUCGCUCCUACCUCCUCUGCACUCUUGGGAAAAUGAAUCAAACUGUUUAAAAUAGAAGCAACAACAACUGAUUAAAUCCUGCCACAAAAAGAAAUCUGGAAAAAUUUGGAUAUCACACCUUGCGUUCACCAGCCAAUGACUGAUCAUGCUGCUUCCUAUUAGUUUAUGCAAAAAAAGUUCAAGACGACGUGCAAAAUUUGUAUUACUGAUAUUCCAGUGUUUUCCAGUUUCGUUUAGGUAGAAAAGCCCCUUGCUUCUUGUUUCUUCAAAGACACUAUAUUUGUGUGUGUGUGUGUGUGUGAGUGUGAGAGAGAGAGAGAGAGAGAGAAUCAACAUAUCUGAGUGUAUGUGAAUGUGAGUGCACUGCCUCCUGUUGGCUGCAGCGCACAAUGCUGACCAAUCAUGAAGAGCAAGACAAACAACCCUGAAAUCACUUCCUGACGACAUCCACCGGGCAGCGUUUGAAGAAAUACUAAGUUUUCGGCUUCAGAAAAAAAUAAUUGCUUCUCAUUUUUAAGUGCCAUAUGAAUGUGUAACUGUUUAUUAACCGGGUGAUGGAUGGAAACAACCGCCACCUGAAGCAUGUGCAAAGAACUGCUGCCUAUUUUCUAUCACCGCUGUGGGUUGUCCAAUCGGCUUUGUGAAACCUGUGCCCGGGAGUGACUGUCUCACGUUUAGAUUCGUCUUCAGCUGCAGCGGGUUAUGACUCGACCAGUGUUCAGACAAAAGUGUUCCUGCGACCUCCGAGAGGGUCGUCCUUUUCUUCAUUAACGCAUAAACGAUAAAAAAAACAAAAAACAAUGAAUGCACUCGAGGCUUGCACUUCCGCUUCUCUCUCAGCCAAUCAGUUGCCCCUUCAAGACCAAGUCAGUCAAUUGCUUUUCAUUCAGUUGGAUUGAUCAUGAAGAUUUUCUUUCAUUUUUUUUUUUCCACUAGUUAUGUUUAUAUUGUAUAUGAUUACGUGUACAGAAGAUCUAAAGCUUUUUUUUUUUUUUAUCUUCACGGGGGUAACACUUUUAAGAUGCAUCUCUAUCUUUUUUUUUUAACAGAAGACUGAGUAUUUAACAUAUUUUCAGGGAUCUGUAAAAGGAAUCUGAGGGUUUAAAAGGUUGUUUAUUUAAAGAAAAAAGGUCCACUGUGUACAGGAAAAGUCUCCACCUCCCUUUUUGAAAGAUUGUUUCUUGUAGAAACGUCUUCAUUUUCUGCCCAUUUUGCUUUGUAAUCCUAGAAAAAUGUACAUACUGUAACUGUGAAUAACUAUAUAAAUAUAUAUAUAUAUACAUAUAUAUAUAUUUUUGUUCCCUGGGAUUUGCUACACAAACACAGCUCAGAAAUCUAUGUGACAUAGGAGGAGAGCGAUGAGCUGGUAGCAGGAAAUUCAGCUUGUGUCAAGCUUUGUUUUUUUUAUUUUCUGUUGUAAAUUCUAUGAAAAAAAAAGUUGUUUGCGGUGUGGAGAAAAAAAACAAAAAGGUGCAGAAUCGGCAUGGGAAGAGGAUUGAAGCGUCAGCCUGUUUCUCAUGUCUAUUUAUUACACGACAAAUGUAUGAAAAAGGAAAAAAUGGAAAUAAAGCAAUUUUGCAUACAUCCA